AUAACCGGCGUUAUUUGAGAAAUACAAGCGAGCGAGACGUUAGUGCGAUACUCGGCGAUUUCAACACGUGCUCUUUAUCAAACCGCGUUGCUAAUCAAGUAUUGUGUGAAAAAAGAAACUUAAAUAUAUUUUAUACAACCAGUUUCAAGUGAUUAUUCAAGAUGCCAGAAGAGAUGCAGGUCCAGUCGGGAGAGGUGGAGACUUUCGCCUUCCAGGCGGAGAUCGCCCAGCUGAUGUCCCUGAUCAUCAACACAUUCUACUCGAACAAAGAAAUUUUCCUUCGAGAGCUGAUUUCCAACUCAUCUGACGCCUUGGACAAGAUUCGAUAUGAAUCACUCACAGAUCCAUCGAAACUUGAUAGCGGUAAGGAACUUUACAUCAAAAUCGUUCCCAACAAGAGCGAAGGCACACUGACAAUCAUAGAUACCGGUAUCGGUAUGACAAAGGCAGAUCUAGUCAACAACCUGGGUACGAUUGCUAAGUCCGGAACAAAGGCGUUCAUGGAGGCGUUACAAGCGGGAGCUGACAUCAGCAUGAUUGGUCAGUUUGGUGUAGGUUUCUACUCCUGCUACUUAGUAGCCGAUCGUGUCACAGUUCACUCCAAACACAAUGAUGACGAGCAAUACAUGUGGGAGUCUGCAGCCGGAGGUUCGUUCACAGUCCGUCCCGACCCGGGCGAGCCCCUUGGCCGCGGUACAAAGAUCGUAUUGUAUAUUAAGGAAGACCUAACUGAGUACCUGGAGGAGCACAAGAUCAAAGAAAUUGUCAAGAAACACUCCCAGUUCAUCGGUUACCCCAUCAAACUCGUCGUAGAGAAGGAACGUGAAAAGGAAUUGUCCGACGACGAGGCCGAAGAAGAAAAGAAAGAAGAGAAAGAGGACGACAAGCCUAAAAUCGAGGACGUCGGAGAGGAUGAAGAAGAGGACAGCAAUAAGGAAAAGAAGAAGAAAAAGACCAUCAAGGAGAAGUACACCGAAGACGAGGAGCUGAACAAGACCAAGCCGAUCUGGACACGUAACGCUGAUGACAUCACACACGAGGAGUACGGAGACUUCUACAAGUCCCUUACCAACGACUGGGAAGACCACCUGGCGGUAAAGCACUUCUCCGUGGAGGGUCAGCUUGAAUUCCGCGCGCUGUUGUUCGUACCACGUCGCGCGCCUUUCGACCUCUUCGAGAACAAGAAGCGGAAGAACAACAUCAAGCUAUACGUCCGCCGCGUUUUCAUCAUGGACAACUGCGAGGACCUGAUCCCUGAGUACCUCAACUUCAUCAAGGGUGUAGUCGAUAGCGAGGACCUGCCCCUUAACAUCUCGCGUGAGAUGCUUCAACAGAACAAGAUUCUCAAAGUCAUCCGCAAGAACUUGGUUAAGAAAUGCCUUGAACUCUUCGAGGAGCUCGCUGAAGACAAAGAAAACUACAAGAAGUUCUACGAACAGUUCAGCAAGAACUUGAAGCUCGGCAUCCACGAGGACUCGCAGAACAGGUCGAAGUUGGCGGAUCUGCUGCGCUACCACACGUCGGCGUCUGGCGAUGAGGCGUGCUCGAUGAAGGAGUACGUGUCGCGCAUGAAGGAGAACCAGAAGCACAUCUACUAUAUCACCGGUGAAAACCGCGACCAGGUCGCCAACUCGUCGUUCGUUGAAAGGGUUAAGAAGCGCGGCUACGAGGUCGUGUACAUGACCGAGCCCAUUGAUGAGUACGUCGUGCAGCAGCUCCGGGAGUUCGACGGCAAGACCCUGGUGUCCGUCACCAAGGAAGGUCUUGAGCUGCCCGAGGACGAGGAGGAGAAGAAGAAGCGCGAAGAGGACAAAGUCAAGUUCGAGGGACUCUGCAAGGUCAUGAAGAACAUUCUGGACAACAAAGUUGAGAAGGUCGUCGUAUCCAACAGGCUGGUGGAGUCUCCGUGCUGCAUCGUGACAGCGCAAUACGGCUGGUCGGCUAACAUGGAGCGAAUCAUGAAGGCGCAGGCUCUCAGAGACACGUCGACCAUGGGCUACAUGGCCGCCAAGAAGCACCUAGAGAUCAACCCUGACCACUCCAUCGUGGAGACUCUCCGACAGAAGGCGGAGGCCGACAAGAACGACAAGGCUGUUAAGGACCUGGUUAUCUUGCUUUACGAGACCGCGCUGCUGUCGUCUGGCUUCACCCUGGACGAGCCCCAGGUACACGCGUCGCGCAUCUACCGCAUGAUCAAGCUGGGUCUGGGCAUCGACGAGGAUGAGCCCAUCCAGGUAGAAGAGUCAGGCGCCGGCGAGGUGCCCGCGCUCGAGGUCGACGCUGACGACGCAUCGCGCAUGGAGGAAGUCGAUUAAAUCUCAGUUAUGUUCCCGCCUAGUUAUGCCAUGUUCUAAUGGUUAUGUGGUUAUCGCCGUUUAUUUUGUGCACUGGUGUACAGCCAAAGACUGAUUUAGUUCAAAAAAUUCCAUUAUUAAUUACGAUUAAUAAAUAAACAAAUUUUAACUUUUAA